AAACAGGUCACUAAACUUAACAACUAAAAGAUUUUAAGAGAAAACGAGAAACAUAAUGACUAAAACUACUUUCCUUUUUCAAACAAGUGUACAUUGUUUGUAUUAAGAGAAAGCUUUGUAGGACACUGGUUAUAUUCACUAACUCCAGUUGACCUGUUAAAAUUAUUAUUAAAAUGUGAUUAUUUUAUUCAACAAUCAUAUCCAUGCGUUUAAAAUGAAAUGUUAUGAUUAGGCAAUUGUGAUAGUCAUCAGAAAGUCCAUGCUGGCUCAGUCUGUGGCACUCAUGCGAAGACAGCCGGAGAUGAGCAAAAAACGUUUUCAUACCACUGGAUCCUGCAUGACGCAAUUUCAACAAGCUGCAACACAUCUGCCUGUCUAGAAGUCACCACGUCACAUCAAUAAUACUUACAAAAGAGAACCAAGUGUGGAGUAACCUUUAAAAAUCAGGUGCUGAGUUUUUUUCAACACAGGUUUGUUGAAUUAUUAAUGCCCUACUUAAACUGAAUACACGCUGAGUGAAAGAUUUUGAUCACAAGGAAAAAUUACAUCUAUUAAGUUGACUUGGUGCUUUAUUGAAUUAAAAAAAAACAUGUCAAAUAUCUGGCAGGCCGGAAGUUAUGGCGACAUAAUUUCAAGAAAACAGCACAUUUCCUUUUGUGGUGUUCAUUUCCUCAAAUACUCUGAAGUGAAAACUGGAGAGGUGAAAAUUUGGUGAAACGCACCCUGUGAGGCUCUUCACUGGAAAGUUUUUAAACUUUUUUUUGGUCACUGUUGUGGUUUAUCAGGUGUUUGUCUUAAGAUGGGUAAAGUGACAUGAGUUGCAGCAUGUGACUGACAUGUGAAACAAACUACCAUUUUCAUGAAUGUGGUUUUGCUCUAUGGUUGCCCACUGCUGCUGAUAGUGAAGUGCUUAUAUUAUGAUUUGUCAUCAGUAUAAUGACAAAUCAUGAAUACUUUCAUACCUAUGACAAAGUCUGAGAAAAUAUUUUAUGGCGCAGGAUUAAUUUCACCCCCCAGCAGGAGAAUCAGGCGCCACGGGCCCUGAGGGGAAGUAUGAUGAAAUGAUUUAUGGCAGCAUGACACAUAGAUGUUUGGAUAUUGCAAAACAUCUAUUGAAAUAAAGGAAAUACUUCACCACCGUGGCAGAAAACUACUGCGCUAAGGAAAACAAUCAAAUUCCAUCAAACCAAAUUCAAACAAACUCAAGUGGCCCAACAUCAGGAUUAUGAUUUCCCUGAAAACACUGUGCUCAUAGGGAUUAUGGUAAAGGGACUGCAGUUUGGGCUCAAAGAUCACUAUACAACAUAGAUGUUGACUGAAGUAACUAAAACAGGAUUUCCCUCCUUAAGAAGAUAAAUCACAGACAUACUGAGGAUUCUUUAACACUUCCCAGGGUCAAACAGGGAAAAUUCCAUUGUCUGUUCAAUAAAUUACUACAAGAUCUGGUGCAAACAUUCAGAGUUUUCAGACGUUGUGUCCAUGUAACUUUGUUGACCCACUCAACAAUUGAAUUUGUCUAGUAGCCUACUGUUCCUCUUGCUUGUUCUCUACUUACUUGUUUGCUCCACAAUCAUUCAGAAGAGGAAAACAGUUCGGUUUAAAAAACAAGAAAAUAUAAUACCAAAGGGUGGCCUUUGACUAAACUUUGCAGCUCAUCUUCGACAGUUUUUUUUUUGCUGCCAUGUCAAAAGUGUCCCAAGACUUUUUGAAUGCUUCUUUCUAACAUUGCAUAGCACUUUACAGAAGUCCAAAGCAUUGGCAUAUGUACAAGAGCGCAGUGUGAAAAAGUGCAAUGGAGAGAGGUCGCUUUAUUUGGAAUUACUCCUGACUGAUAACAUUCAUUAUCAUCUAUCUUUACUUUACUGUAAAAUGAUCCCUGAAAAUACACACACUGCAUACUUUCCACUGAAACUAAAUACAAAUGACUGAGUUAAUGAGGGUGCAAACAGCAGUUGGGAAAACCUGGAAUGAAUCAUGAACAUGCCAUACCCAGUCUUUUUCUUUUUUUCCUUUUUAUGAGAGGUAAGCUGCUAGGUGAGCAGGAGCACUAUUGUUACUUAAACUGACAAUAAGUUUCGGCUGCAAUAGGAGUUUGAUGUUUGUGUGUAUUCAACUGAAAGUCUUAAUACGGGUAGCCUGGGGCAGUCAGCCACUUGGGAUUCCAGGAAAUGUCAAGAAACUUCCCUUCUUCACAAACAGCUUGAGCAGGGAUUGAGGAGUCACAGCUUUUUCCCCCUCAUGAAAAACCCCUUUGAGUUCUGUAUGACGCUGUAUAGCCCCGCAAGAGUCAACAUUCCUGACAGUGUUACUCUGACGUUUACCUUCAUGUCAGAACAUGAUGUAUAAUGACAAAUAUACAUUAAAGACCUACAGGCAAGACUCACAAGACUUUCUCUUUUUUUUCAUCCUUUUUUUCUUUGUUGAUGUUGCAGGCUUUUAGUGGUCACAGAUCUUUCUAAAUUAAACAAUAAUGAGACAGAUCGGAUAAAUAGUGAGUUGACUCAGCACACAUGUUUAUAUUCCUUCUAAGUGACCCCUGCAGAAGCAAACAACUUCUUGAGAAAAUUGUCUUUUCACUUGAGAUGAAAAAUUUCUGAGAGAGAUUGUCAACAGAUUUUGCAGUCUUAGGAAUUGCAGCGGUCUUGUAGUCUGGGAAAUACAUCUGUUUGUUUUGGCACAGAAAUCCGAAAUUCCAGUUAUUUGCAGUAGGACAACUUCUGCUGCAUACAUACGGAAAGGUUUUCAUGCAAAAGACAAGAAAAUUGCAACGAUUGUAUGUUAACUAGACCACAGAAAAUUAAGUCGGUUACAAAAAUAAAGCAUUAAGCAAAUAUUAUUUUUACUUUAACGCGAUUGUGUUUACUGAUUUUGCAGUGUGCAUUAAUUUUUCAUAACGGCAGUUAAAUGUCACUCAUUGCUCAUGCUCUGAUUACAGUCAAAAAGAUAUGGCUCCUCCUAUUAUUACCAGCUAUAUUAAAAAAAAAACAUAGUUCCAAAGAAUAAGUGAGGGAGGGAGAAAUUCAGAGAAGAAGGGGGGGUAUGCAAAGCAGACUUCACAGCUUUGGAGGAAAGAGCCGAGCUCUGUGUGACUGAUUGCAGUUUGCUGAUCAACUCUACUCCUCAGAAAUACACUGUAACUCUGACAUCAGCUUUAGAGCCGAAAUGUCGGUCAUCACCAUCUUGGCACUUUUGGUUUUCCUGACUGUCCCUGAGGGUGAGUCUUUGUGCAAUCUCUUUAGAAAAGCAACUGAUCAGCUGUUCCUUGGAUUUUUUCACGUAAUCUGUUCAGUCUGUGUUGCAUUUACGAUCAGGUAUGUGCCCUGCCUCAUUUCUUAGCAGAUGUUAAACUUUCUUUGACCUCAGUUAACAGCCUCAGCGAUCAAGGACUUGAUCGGUGUCAGUGCAUCACCAAGGAGAGGAGGGCUAUUGGACGAUUAAUUGGAGUGGUGCAAGUAAUCCAGCCCAGCUCCUACUGCAAAGAAGUUGAGCUCAUGUGAGUCAAAUUUCUAUAUUUUAUUUGCUAGUGAGCCAAGAAAGUCUCAGGGUGUACCUAUAGAUCACCACAUAAACAUGCCUUUCUUUAAUUACAGUGCCACUCUUAAAAAUGAUGGGAGAAGGAUUUGCCUGGACCCUAAUGUCCCUUGGGUCAAAAAAACACUCGAAAGACAACAGGCUCAGUAAGUUCACCUUCAGUGUAAGAGUUGUGAUUGUUUGUAAAUGGAGAGACCUGUUUUAAGAGGAAUUUGAAAUGAUCACGUUUAGGGAUCUGCACUUGAAUCUAGUAGGAUGCACAGUCUGUGUUCACGGGGUAUUUGGCAACCACUUUAUUGCUUUAUAAUUGCAGUAGUAAAAAGGGACUCCUAGUAUGCAGUUAAAAAUAAGGGUGUUUUCAUGAGCAAGAAGCUGCUUAUCUUUUUAUCAGUUGACUGCCAUGCGGGAUAUUACAAAAAAGCAAAAGCCAGAAACAGCAGCUGCUUCCCAGAUGCUAAAAAAACAGGCAUGAUUUGAGAUUUAGGGGAAUAGGUCGCUCAAGCUAAAGCAUUGAAUUAAGAUUGUUGACAAAAGCCAUGCUGCUUUUAACUUUUUCAUUUUUUUUUCUUUAUGAUUAGAUGCUCCGCAAAUAAUCAUCAUCAAUCAUUUACGUGCUCAGGACAUGUGAUAUUGAAAUGGCUCUAACUAAAUACAAGUAUUUUUUCUCUUUAUAGGCAGACUCCUUGAGAAAAAAAAGCUCUAAAGAUUCGACCCACAGAGGGAAGAAGCUUUUCAAGACACAUUUUCAUCACUGUGAAAGCUCAUGGUGGUAACAUGGAUUGCACUGCUAGAGCACGAGAAGCUUGUUUUUGUGUAUUAAUGUGGCAGCUGAUAGUUUAAUCAUCCAACCAACUUUUCACCAUAACAGCUAUCGACCAGAAAGGAUGGCAGUUUAACGACAACCUGUACUCCAAACAACACGAUGCUUAUCAAUUGUUACUGAUAGUUUUUUUUUUGUAACAAUUGCAGAAGAAAGGUGUUUAAAGGAUUUGUUACACAAAUGGUAUUCAUGAAAUGUUCAUUAAAAGGACCAAAAUUUACAUGUAGAACUGCAUCCCUAAAACGUAAGUACAUGCAUUGUUAUCUGUUUUUUUCUUUCUUCUUACUUAGUCUGGGUUUCUAUACUGUAUACUGCUCUGUUACCCUGAUAUUUUAGAGAUACUGUAUCAUUGAACUUCUCUCUUGGAUUGCAGUGAUCUGUCUUUCAGUGAUUAUCUUGUUUGCCAUUAAGAAACAAAAUAAAAUGCCUUUAAGAUCGAAUGUG